GAACAGGUGUCUCGCGUCAUGCGUUUCUAAACUGAAAAAUGUUUUGUCAGGUAACCUUAAAAUGUGAUUUAUGUAGUAACUUGUUUUAUUUAAGUUAAAAAUAUCAUUAAAUAUUACCUAAUCGAGUAGAUUAAACAUACUCAGGUGAGGUAGAUAUCUACUCAAGAUAAUAUCUACACAGUUUCGCUUUUAACGCUAUAUCGCAGCUAACCAAUCCGCAUCCAGAACCGAAAGUAUUCGUUUUAUAACUAUCAUCCUAUCAGAUCCGUCUGAUUUUAAAAGAUAAUUUUUAUUUUAUAUUUUAUUUUCUGCCUCCUUUAAAAAGAAAAAACUCAAAAUAAACUGACAGAGAGAAGCACUCAAAUAUAGACAGGGGGAGUCGGUUAAUAAUUGUCCACCUUACGAUGCGCGAGCAUUACACCUGUGCUUGUUUGCGCGCGAGCAAAGUCUGCGCGUCAGGGGGGGAAAAAAAAGAAAAGUUCCACGAGCGCGACGGUGACGCGCACCGAGAGUUGCGGAGCGUGUGAGUCCUGAAGGGCAAAUAAGAGACUGGAGAAAACGACCUUAAUCAUAUGAAGGUGCAUUUCUCUCAUUCCUAUUUCAUAUAGGCGCACAUGCAUUGCAUUGCGCAUGUUGACAGAAUAGAUUAUGUAUAUGUCGAACAUUUAAAUGAUAAGAUCUUGUGUCUGACAAGCAAAGCGUCAUCAUAGGUUUUGGUGGGCAUGAUUUCACUGGUGACCUACAGUAGCACGGGAUGCGCCACACAAAGCAAAGGGUCUGAAAUACCAGACGGGAGACACAGAGACCUUCAGGAGGCUCAUAACAUCGAUUCUUGAGGAUAUAUUUAUUUGUUACCGGAUAUAUAUUUCUCUGGACCGUAAGGACGUACUCUACUUCCACCGGGAAUUCUGCUCCGAGGAAGCCGGUAUAAAUGAAAUGCCCGGAAUGCAUGGAAAACUCUCCUGUAAUAUAACAUAUAGCCCUUUGGGAUUAUUAUAGCUAGGUGUUUAUAAUACAUACGGCCAUCUGAGCAUCUCAAAAGCCUUUAUACUCAAAGCAGUCUCUUUUUAUAUGCUUUAAAACUUAAGAUAUAUUUUAUUUUGGUUUAUUUUCUCAUUAAACCAUGACAGGAAUGACAAUUGCCCUGUUUUUUGAGAAUCUUCUGAGUAAAUUGUCCCUGUUUGGAUUAAAGAUGUUGGAUUCGGAUGUGAAAGUGGAAUAAUCAUUCAUCGAGAAUUAACAGCUCUAAGGACUGGACGUUGGACCUCUGUUAUAUUAUUUACACAACUAUUUCUGACUUUUCUUGGUGAACUCAAACAAUGGGGAUCAAGCUGAGAGUUAUUCUGGGAAUGUUUCAGUUCGUCUCACUUACCAGAAUACCCACACAAUGUGCCAAGACACCGUCAGACCACUGGAUCCCAGCAGAGAGUCACAGAUCUGGAGAAGUGGUGAGGUGGUUGGAUGUGUAUCAGAAAAGCGGAUGUCAUCCCAGAGAGACGCUGGUGGAAGUUUGGCGGGAGUUUUCGUGGGACACGCAUCACCUCUUCCUGCCGUCGUGUGUAACACUGCGCCGCUGCGGAGGCUGCUGCUCCGAUGAGGCGCUCGAGUGUGUGCCAUCACAAACACACACACUUGUAAUGGAGCUCAUGAGGACCUCAUACAUGAAGCAUGAACUUGUGCAGCUGCCUUUCAUUGAACACAACCAGUGUGAGUGCAGGCUAAAAGCAAAUCUUUACGCAGAGCCAACCAGGCAAGGCCCCCAGACAACAAGAAGAGGCAAAAAGCGACAAAAGGGGAAACCAAAACGAAAGAAACACAUUGGGAAAAAUUCAUUCAGGACUCUCGUGCCAACUACACCCCCUCCUCCUCCCCCUCCUACCCUACCGCCUAGCUCCGCCCCUCCACCACCUGCCAGAGAGGCGUGUCCACCGUGCCCCGCCCGCAGGAUGACAUCACAGCCUCCCUCUUGUGAAUGCAGGUGCAGUUUGAGGGAGGUGAGCUGUUCAAAGAGAGGGAAGACACUCAACCAGCAGAGCUGCCGAUGUGAAACCCAAAGUGAAUAGUGAAAUCAAACCACCCGUAUAAUCCACAGAUCAAACUUUGCACGGCUUUGAGGAGGUCAAAGGUUUGCUUAUUCUUUUGUCAUGGACUCUGAAGUUUGGGUCUCACCCAGAAAGAGGGUUUGCGCUUGGGAAUAAACCACAGACCCACCCCCUGGCCCAUCUGGCUAUGUCCCACACACUAUUUUAGCAGUAUUAGAUGCAUAUACAUUCUGUUUGCACUGUAUAUCCACGUCUGUACCAUGUGUAUGGAAUAUCAUCAGAUCCUAUUGUUGAGUUUAGGAAGCUUUUUGCCACUAUAAACCAAUCAACUUUAACAAUUUGACACUGUACGAUGGACAUUUAGUUAUAGUUCAGUGGGUCAAUCGCUGGAAUAUUCAGCGCUUCAGACGUAAACUGUGGAGUUCUCAUUGAGCUUUAUCCAAAACCAAUCCUGGGAUUUUCUUCAGCUUCAGUGGAUCCUCGUAGGCACGGACACACAUCUAGUGUGAUGCUAAGGACGACAAGCGUGCUCAGAACGUUCAAAGGGAAAACAGAAUAAGGAAGGAGUCUUUUUUUUUUCUACCAAACUACUUAAAGUCUUAAGUGGAGAGUUUUUGAUGGGAUGGAUGUUGACAGACCUUCAAUGUUGAGAGAACUCAAGUGUCUUGCUACACAAACAGAGUGUCUCAUCCUGAGAACAUCCUCGGAGUGUCCUCUGACCCUCUGCUUGCUUUAAAUGGUUGGAUGGCUUGAUUAGACGGAUGGACGGGUGUCUGUGUGGUCUGAGUUGUGAAUAAUAAGGAUCUGUGCGUCCAUCCUAAUUUAUUCCUGGCCUCUAUAAGUCCAUAAUGUGGCUUCACAGACUGUAUCAAUGAGUCUUUUUGUGUUUGUUUGAUUUGCUUUUUGUUUGGUUUCUUCCUUUGGGAAUUGAAAGCUUUUCCCACUGGCUAGCCAGUGAGAGGAAUGCCAAUAGUAUAGAAACCUGGCGAUAUUCCAUUGGUGCUUACCAAACACACGUCUUCUCUCUCCCACACCCCCGAUUACACUCAUUUUUCGUCUCUUUCUUUAUCCUUUUCACCUCGUCUGUCUAGUUUGUAUUCUUUCUCCCUCACACACACACACACACACACACACACUCAUGCAUACACAUACAAAUGCAAGCAGGUAAAUAUAAGCUUUCCUGUGUUGAUAUUGAAAGAAGAAUUUAUUUUAUCUAUCUUAUUCAUUUUGUAAAGAAUACUAAUGUUAUUGUAGUCCUUUUUGUUUUAAAGAAUGUUGCUUUGUGUAUCUUUGUUAAUUCAACCUAUAGAAUCAGGCUGGGUGGCCGUCGUAGACAAAUUCACAGUCUCGACUUUGUGGAAUUUGAGUAAAGAAGCUUUGAGAGCACCCGGCAAGCUUUAGAAAAAGGGAAGUGCCCAUUCUGUGUGUGUUAAGUUUUUCUUCAUCAUCUCACAGGGUUGGGAGAAUGACGUAUUUAUUUUUUAUAUUGAGAUGCAUUUUGUAUUAUGCUUUGCAAUGUUUCUUUUGGGACAUUUAAUUUGCUGCGACUGUGAUGAUCCAAGAAUAUUCAGUAUUUUUUCCUGAUUUCUUCAGAAUCAUUCCAGUUUCCAUCAAAGUCAGACCCAGCUAACAGCGAAUGUUCUCAGAACUUUGGCUAACGUUCUAGAACGGUUAUGAACAACGUUCUUCCAGUAACAUUAAUAGAAUGUUUGUUCAUAGUUAUCUGGUCUUUAAUAACAUUCUCAGAACGUAUACAUCGUUCAUGGAAUGUUUUUCUGAAACAUUUUAGUUAAAGUCAGUCCAAUGUUUUCUAACCAUCCUGUGCUCUUCGGUCAUUUUUGACUGAAAAAUGUUUUUUUUUUUUUUUUACUUAAUUGAAAUGGUACAAAACUUGGUAAAGAUUUUGGCACUUGCUAUAGGAUUCGAAAAGGUUAAAUGGUCCUGAAAAAAAUAAGCGCAUUGGAAAUGAAUUUCAUCUAGUGAAAACUUUUGGUACUGCAGCCAAACAAAAUUUUACUGAAAGCUCAUUUUUUGAGAUAUCAAGCUCAAAUAUGGAACGCAACUUGUUCAGAUUUAUGACUUUGAUUUUCUUGCAGUUUUAGAGUGUUUUUUUCGAAAAUAUAUAUUUCAUAUAAAAAUUGAAAAUAGUAUUUUUAUGCUUUUGUCAUAACAAUAAACAUAAAAUUCUUUAACUUUUUUUAAGUUAACUUUUUAAAACUUUUUUCACUUCAGCAAUAAUUUGCCAAGUGUUGCAUUUUAAAAUAGAUUAAAAUGAAGUCUGUGCUCUAAAGCAUUCAAAAUUUAUGACCGUUUAAGUUGGAAAUUUCAUUUUUAGGUCUAUGUUCAAUGAAUGAACUACAGCGUAAAUAUAAUUUACUACCAUAAAAUCCACUAAAAAAAUAUUAAAUAAAAAAACAUUAUCAAACUAAAAUAUAGUACAUUCAUUUUAUUGAAAUGAGAAAAAAAAAAAUCAUUUUUGACCGAACCGCGAAGAGCACCAGAGGGUUUAAAUGUUACUACUUUUUUCAGACGAUUCAGAGAACAUUCAACAGCAAUGUUCCCAUAAUACUUGCAAAAUGAUAUAAUAGAGAAAACAUUGCCUUAAUGUUUCCCUUAAUUCCCUGGACGUUUUGAGCGCUCUAAGAAAACAUUCAGAAAUAACGUUUUCAUAACCGUAUGGGAACAUUAGAAAAACAUUCUCAGAACAUAUUUUUGUUAGCUGGAGAGGCUGAAGGUGAAAGAUUCACUUACUUUUUUAAUGGUGGUCAUUUAACCAAACACUUCUUUUCCACCUUAUAUGUAGCAUUAUUGACUGAAAUAUGAUUUUCAAGAGCAAGGAACUGACCUCACUUUAAGUGAUUUCUCAGAUUAUUUGUUUAGUCAUUACCUGCAAUAAUGUAAAUUAUUAAGAUCCUUAUGCACCCUUUCACCCUCCAGACUAGGAUAUCCACUUACUAUCAGCAUCUUUGUUAAAGUCAACAUGAAAUGUCAUUUAACCCAAUUUACUUCUGUAAUGUGAUGUAUUUUUAGAGGAAAAAAUAGGGUGGCGCUUCAUUUUAUGCACUGGCAGUUGAUUGAAUGGUAAAAAUGGGGUGUUUCAAGCCAAACCUGAAUGUUAGUUUGCCUAAAUAGCUGUUUGGCUAUUGGUUAGCAUUAUCCAAUAGCCCUCAUGGCCUAGGUGACAUCAGCGGAAAAGGAAAGUCAUUUCAGAGACGGAGUAAGUCAUCCAGUUUUGAUGAAAGAUGUGAAUGCAACUAUUAUUUUCUUCAGAAUGAACUGCAUGUACGAUAUGACCAGUAAUGUAUAUUAUGGAAGUGAAUAGGGUUGAUUUUGGGUUCAUGUUGACUUUAAGGUCUGUUCUGUGUCGACUGGUCAAUAUGUUGUCCUGUUUCCUCGUCUUUGAUGACUGGCUUUCCUUCAACUCUGCUUGCUGCUGUGAAAUGUUCAGUGUGAAAUAUCCUGUGCUAUAAACGUAGCAUUUUCUCUCUCUCAACAGUAACAUAUAUCAACUACCUCUGUGUGUCUGUACAGUUAAUGUAACUAUCACAGUAAGAAUAUAGAACCGUGAAAAUAUAUAAAUCAAAAAAUACACAAAACGCAUACAAUAUGAAUGUACCGACAGAACUUCAGUGUUUCCAUUCUCUUCUAUGUAAAGGUAAUUUCAGAGUGCUGUCGCUUUGUUCCGCUUUGAACCGCAUCUGUCCGACAUGUAUCCAGGUAGAACAGGACACAACAGAACCCGAUCUGUACCACUGUCAAUACACGAUAUAAGCUUUGAGUGUUUGAACGUAAUUAAUAAUGGUUAUUGCUGCUAUACCAUCUGUGCCCGAUUCUCCUGUGUGAACGUGUGUGUAAUAUUUGUUACAGAGAGACAUAACCUGCUCUGCUUUAUGUCUACAGUGUGUAUACAUUCAAACGUAGGUCUGAUCACACACAUACAGUAUAUAUAAAACACAACAGCCAUAAAGCAAUGUGCUAUAUAUUAAUAUAAAUAAAGUGAAAUGUCUUAUUUUUGAGAUAAA